CGCAGUGCACGCGCAGCCGCCGGGACGCGCGCAUCUCGUAUGUUUUUGCUCUUCUGAGGGAGGAGGAGGAGAAGUUCGUAAAAUCGUGAUCAACGCGGCACUGCGCGUUCGGGUCUCGCGGUUGCAUCUAGGCAUAGUAAUACGCAAGCGAUCGGGUGUGCGAAUUCAAAGGUUUUUUUUUUUCAAAUCAAAAUUCGAGUGGCCACCCUGAGUGAUUCGUUCGCGACGAUACGCGCGAAGUUGUAGUGACUGUGCGCUCAGCGAAGAAAUUUGCCAGUCAUCGGUCAGAGACGAAGCACGGCGAAAACGGACAACUAAUUAUCGUACGACAAAAAUCGAAAUGUAUUCAUUGUUCAGUUUCGGAAUUUUCGUGUGAUCGUUUGGUCUGGUUUACAAACAAUCGAGCGCAUAAAAAUCAUGGCGCGUCUGCGUCGUAAACAUCGCGGUUGGUAACACUUUUGCGUGUUUAUUUUGUUACGCGGAUUCGUGGAAUAUUUCGGUGCGCGGCAUCGGGAUUUUCAUGUGCGGUGAUUGAAGUCGUGCUGCAUUUCUGUCCCGUCGUGAUUCGAAUUCCCGCUGUGUUCGGAAGCCGGAAUCGCGCGCGCUCCGGCAGUCUCGUAAAAGCGGUAAAUCGUAUAUCAUAAAUUCGCGAGUGUGCAACCAGUUGACGUGGGAGUCGUCGAAGGACCUGCAGCGAUGCUGGACCUGCAUGGAAGGACGCCGUGGAAGGAGGUGGAUGAUCUAACGAUUGAUCAUGAAGCGCCAUACUGUGAUCACCGCUAAGGAGCUCUGUGACGACAUUCAACCUGCGAAUUUGGAUACACAUUAUGGAAGUGCGAACGGAAAGACCACGGACCGCCGGUCGAAUAGCUCCAACUGGAAGAGUUACACCGACAGUGCAUCAAACCGGUGGAGGCCGAAGAAAAGCUAUACCAGUUCCACCGCCGAGAGUGCCGACUCCUAUGCCUACCGCUAAUAAUAAUCAACAACGGAACAAUGCCAACAUCGCCGUCCCGCCCACCGUGUCGGCCGUGUCGAAGAAAGAGCCGCACGAGAACAUCGCUCGGAUAGCGAAGCGGUACCUCGACGAUAACAUGCAGCAGGCGUGGAUCAAUCCUCGUCUAAUAUCGAUGAUAAAUAUGGAAGCGGUGACUUCGACCGACUACGAUUCCACAAAUCUUAGCAGGAAUUUCAAUCAGGUUGGCUUCAAUACCUAUAAUUACUCGCAGUUCGAGGAAAAGUACAAGCCGCGGCAAAUCUUCAAAUAUGGCGACGAGUAUCUCGAGUACGGGCACAGACUCGGCGCUAACGAAAGAUUCGCGCGGUCGAAAUAUCAGGACGGUACGAGAUUCGAUCAGCGAUACUUGCGAAGCCACUCUCAGCCGGAACGGCAACACCAUCUGUCCCAGGAGACGCGUUCCAAAUCUCAGGACUCACGCGAGCUCACGUUCUAUCAGAUAGAUCCGCCUGUGAAAUUGGAGAACUCAACACGGCAACACGACAAGUCGCAUCAGAAACUGAAAAAAGAAUUGACUUUCUACGAGAUCGACGGACCUCCCCCGACCGGUCAGGAGAGGAGAGAGAAGUCCGAGGUGUGUAAGGAGCGUGGCGACAAGGGGACCAAGUCCCACGAUAAAUUUUAUGCCGGUGGUCAGGAGAGAUCGCAGACUGCGAAGCACGGCCGGCAGGAGCAGCAGAAGACGUUGGUGAAUGCGCUGAAUCGUUCGCAAUCGGAUCUCACGGAGUGCCAGCUGCCGAAUUACUACGGGCAUCGGAAUAAUCCAUACAUCGAUCCGCCUAAAUAUCGACAGUUCGACAGACUGCCGCGCUAUCAGGAGAUCCCGCCGAGAUCGGAGCCGCCGCCUAAGUAUCACGUCGAUCCGCCAAAGUACACCGAAGUGUCCAGACGGCAGGACGACUUUAAGCGGAUACAGGAGGAGAGGGGCAGACGACAAGGUAGCGGCGGCGGGGGCGGUAGCGGUGGCGGUAAUUCCGGCGCAGGAAGGGGGAACACCGGCACUCAUGGCGCCGAGACGCCCUCUAAUCUGGCCAGUAUCACGCCGACCGCGCGAGAAGCAACACGCACAGUGAUCGCGCGACAACGACUGUCCCAUAAGACGUGCGACGUACGCAUCAGUAACACAAAUAAUAACAAUAACGAUAACAACAGCAAUAGCAAGGAGAAUUUGCUGCAGGAUACCGGCGAUGAUUGCAACGCGCCGUUGUCCUCCCGGUGUCACGUCGAGGCAUUGAAGAGUCAUCAUCAUCAUUAUCAUCAUCAGCAGCAGCAAGCAGCUCGCGGGAUCGGUGGUAGCAACGUUGCUGCCGUUGUCAUCGGUAAUGCCUUGCCGGACGGUGGCGGCGGCUCGUGCGGCAGUACGACGUGCGACAAGUACAAGGGCACCGGGUCGGAGUCGAAUCGGGGCGGCAGCAGCGACGCGGUUCAAGGUCGUUUGACCGAGAGAUCCAUGCUGAAGAUCGAGAAGUUGUCGGGGAAGGCCGCUCUUCACAGCGGCGAGUCGGCAGUCGGCAAGUGCGGCGUGGAGAGAAUGAAGUCGACCUCGCAGGAGACCGGCUAUAACAAGCACGAGGCCGGCAAGGGCAAAAGUCACGAUGUCGGGCACGGUUACAAGGUCGAGAAUCUGCGUUAUUACGGCGAGUUGAAAAGUUACGCCGAUUACAAGGCUUACAGUGCCGUGGACAAGCAGUUAGUGUCCGCGCACGAGAAGUCGCAUCUUCACCAUCCUCCUUCCUCGUGCGAGAAGGGCGACAAGUGUCACGGCAAAGUGUCAUCGUCUUCGUCUUCGUCCGCGCAGGGUUACAGUUUGGCCAAGAUCGGGCAACAGCAGUCGGACAAGAGCCACCACAGUGCUGAUCACUACUAUCACAGAUCGUCGCAUUUGAAGCCACCGAGCGCGUAUCAGGUGUACCAGGAGACCAAGUAUUCGUACAACGUGAGCGGGGUGCCCGGAACGCCGGCGCAGGCCAGCGCAGCAGCGGCUUUCUUUGCAAGGGCAGCGCAGAAAUUGAAUUUAUCGUCGAGCCCGCAUCGGAGACGGCGUUCCGGCGACGAAAACAUCGGAUCUGACGAGCUGCCCAUUUUUCCCAAUGGAUACGCCGCACUUCUUCUCAAGUCACCACCUCCGGCACCACCCGCCCUUCUCAGAAGGAUAGGCGUAAAGGAGCUCACCGGGGUCGGCAAGGUGAAAGUCAUGCUGAGAGUGUCGCCCGGAGACGGAGGCAGCUUCUUCAACGCGGACAAACGAAAAAAGCAGGUUACUCUAGUGGACCCUACAUCCGGGCAAUCUUCAUCGGCAGAAGAUCGACGGCCUACUGUAGCAGCGCCAAAGAUGUUUGCGUUCGACGCUAUCUUUACCGAGGAAGACUCUCAAACUGAAAUCUGUUCGAGCGCUCUUACAGAUGUAAUUCAUGCAGUCAUCAAUGGAACGGACGGUUGCCUGUUUUGUUUCGGACAUGCUGGUUUAGGCAAGUCUCAUACCAUGCUGGGAACCCCGGAGGCUGGUCAUACACUGGGCGCAAUCCCCUGUGCAAUCGCGUGGCUCUUCCGUGGAAUUUCCGAGCAACGUCAGAGAACCGGCGCCAGGUUUAGCGUCAGGGUCAGCUGCGUGGAAUUGACCACCGGUCAGCAACAAUUGAGGGACCUGCUUGCGGCGCACGCAAACGACUCGGAGCAGUCACCGGCCGUGUAUCUCAGAGACGAUCCGCUGUUUGGCACCCUUCAAUUGCAGCAGCACAGCGAGCUACGCGCGCCGACGGCGGAACGCGCGGCUUUCUACCUCGACGCGGCGGUCGCCGGUCGUCAGCGGGAGGACGGCGACGCGCACAUGCUUUACACGCUGCACGUGUACCAGUACAGCGUCGCCGGCAAGGGCGGAGUCGCCGGUGGUAGAAGUCGGCUGCACCUGAUGGACUUGGGAAACUCAGACCGCGGCAAGUCGUCGGGCGGAAUUCCUCUCUCCGGUCUGGGCAACAUUCUGCUCGCGAUCUUUAACGGCCAGAAGCACUUGCCGUACAAAGAGCAUAAAUUGACUCAACUGCUGAAGGAAUGCCUCAGCUCUUUGACCUGUCACGCGGCCAUGAUAGCCCAUGUGUCUCCCAACGCCCAGCACUACACCGAGACGCUAACGACCGUUCAACUGGCGUCGAGGAUCCACCGGAUGCGACGCCGGAAGAUCAAGUUCGUCGGCAGCGGCACACAGGGUACCGGAAGCGGCGGCAGUUCCGGCGAGGAGGCGGCUCGGCAGAACAGCGAGUGCGAUCCGAGCUCGAGCGAUCUGUCGGCCGACACGGUGAUCUACGUCGGGCCGAGCGCCGACGAUGCCACCGACGGCGAGCAUCCGCCCGUUUACAUACCUAGCUUGAACUCGGGCGACAAUCGUUGCGUGAUGGGCAGAGUGCUUCGCGGUUCCGCCGCCGAGAGGCCGAGCAAGAUUCCGGAAGAGCGCAGUCCGGCACACAAGUCGAAGACGGUGAAAACGCUGACGCAGACCGCGUCGAAGCAGACCUCGCCGGCGCACAGCGCGACACCGAAAGCGAGUCCGGCCAGGAAGAAUUCUUCGUCCAAGAGCGGCUCGGCGUCCAAAAUCAACGAUUCGCCCGGCAGCAAGAUUCCGGUGGCGGCGCCGAGUGGCGGGUCUGACGAGCAGUGGAUAGACGGCCCGAGAAUUUCCAAGUCGAAAGUCGCCGAGGCCAGACACCUGCUGAAAGAUUCUCAUCACAAGCGGGAGACAUGGAUCGACGGGCCGAUGCAGCUGACCGGCGCGCCGGCGUUGCAGCUGCACGCUCAGCAUCAGCACGCAUCUUCCGGCUACGGCUUCAUGGACAGCCACAAGAAGAGCAUGAUCCGGAAGUGGGUGGAAAAUCAGUCAUCGCAGAUACAGCGGGCGAAGCACGCCGCGCCGCGGCUCGAGUCCUCGAAGCCAUCUUCCGGCCAGUCGUCCGGCCAGUUCAAGGAGCUGACGCAGUUCAAGACCUGCGGCGGUGCGGAAGAUGACGAUACAUCGCUGUCCACCGUGGAGAGCGACAGUCUAAAAGCGAACGAGAUCGAGGAUAUAACCGAAAAGCUGAGCGCCAAGCUGAAUCUGCUUAACGUCAAGUCUAACACGGACUCGGGAUUAGAUCUGACAGCUAGCCCGGUGAUGGACGACAGCAUCGAAAAAGGGAAGCUCGAUCUGCCGGAGGACGAGGACGACGAUGAAGAGAUUGUCGUGCCUCCGCCUUUGCCGUUGAUCGAGCCGCUUAGCAACGGAGUCAGCCGAGAGGUCUCCAUGGAAAGUCUGAAUCUGUCGCACAAGGACAUCGUCCUACCUUCCAGACACUCGUUGUCCUCCGAGGACGAGAUUUUGGAGAUCGUCGAGGUGGAAGACUUGGAACCGGUACCUAUGCAGGAUUCGUGUCUACAAGUGACUGAGGAGGACAUUGCGCUCUGCAUGGGUGAGAACCCGUUGCCCGAGAGCGACCAGGAAGAACAUCCUCUAAGGAUUCUUAGCCAGGAAAAUCUCACUGUAGUGUCAACUUUCACAGACUCCAUGUCAGUGAUGUCGGACACGGAGAGAUAUAGACCGCACUAUCCACCGCCAGUCGGCGCGGGUGUCCUGCCCAGGCCUUACUUCGACCACGAGGACUUUCUCGAGCAAGAGACCAGGCAUAAGUUCGAUCAGUUGGCCCGCCUCCACGAGCUCUAUCAGAACAAACUCGCGCUCGCCAACGUCUCUAACUCCGUGACUUACCAGAGAGAAAACUCCUCCACUGUCAACGUGCGAGACGCUCCAUCAGCGACCGUCUUCCGUCCGCCGUCUCGCUGUCAAUCCUUGUCCCUUUCGGAUGUCUUGUUCAACGACAACGCGAGCAAUCACGGCAGCAUCUACAGCGAACCCGCGUAUAUAGCCGGCAAACCCGAUCAGGAGAAGAUCUGCGAUAAUUGUCGUCAGAGCAUGUCCAGACCCGCCACGGCCUCCUAUUGGUACCCUAGCAGCGUCGCUCAUCUCGCCAGUCCCAGAAGGUACUGCGGCAAGCUGGGCGACUGCAAUAUUUCCAAUCUGAGGCAUCCGGACGGUGCUUCGAACCCUAAUCUGAAGGAGGAGAUCGAAAGGAUACCCGGAAACGGAGCGUCCGGCUCGGAUCCCGAGGAGGAGUACAUAGAGGCUAAGAAGCUGUUCACGGCUGCCGAGAGAUCCGAGAGAACGGUUACGGGAAAGUCCGACAUCGAGGAGGAUCUGAAGAUUCAAGGCGGCACGCCUUUGCAAUUGCCGAUGCCAUCUUCGUCGCCGUCCUCCGGACGAAUGCAACGUAAGAUCCUUAGCCUCGGCUCCUCGUUCGGUCUGAACAAAGAAGGUUCCGACUCCGGCGCAGACACAACGCCGCGGGCGGCCAAGCUAUCACCAGCUACGCUAUCCAGACAUCGUGCCGAGAGCUCCGGUUACGACAGUGUCGUUAGAGACAGCGAGACGAGCAGCAUCGCCAGCGACUCGUCCAGGCAAACCGGCGCAUUGCAGGAGCAUCAAGCGGUGGAACGGCGGGCGGUAGGGUGCGGGCCUCGGCGGUCGCGGGCCCACUGCCGGGCUCAGCCGGGGCCGCCCGCGGCGUCGGCGAUUCUCGCAUAUACAGGCGAGGACGUAGACAUCCUGGACAGGCGCGCGCGGGUGCGCUCGAAUCCACGUGGAACGAUGUCCAGGAUACACAACCUUCGCCUGCGCCAGCGCCUUCUUAGACUGGAACUGCGCGAUGCCAAGCGGCGCCUUAUGGUGCCCGACUGUCGCUGGGAUUAUAAUCUGUACGUGGAGGACAGUAUGGAUUGGCGAGAUCCGUUUUUGGAGGCUCUGACGGCCGAGACAUGCAUCUUGCAGAAGAGAGUGGAAGCCUGUAAGAGUCACAUUCUCCUUGUCACUUGCUUCGACUCUUGUCCCCAACAACCGACAUCGGCCGAGAUUAAGACCACCUAACAUAGAUUCAGAUCAGCGCGCAUGACCGCGUGUUGAUCUCUCUCAUCAAUCCCGCCCACCCACCUACGAAUUUAAUCGUUGAAACGAGACGAGCGAGGUCGCCGGAACGGAAUAAAAUUAGCAGAGAAUGGCGUCGAUGUCGCUCGACUCCGUCCAGUAGUUGUUAAUGAUAUAUUAUGGUAUCGUCACCAUCAUCGUACGUCGCUAUUGUUAAGCCUAAAACGAUACCAGCAAGAUUUAAACGAGAUAUUGAAAAAAGAAGAAAGCUAAAAGUUUCACCGAGGUAUCGCACACGUACACGCACACGCAUGUGUCUUAUCGAAGUUAUAUUAUCGAGUUAUACCGAAAAAAUGUAUUCGUGUUAGAGAUUUCGCGAUUGCUUCAAUUUCAACGAUGUUUCUCAGGAUACAAGUCGAAGGUGUUAGGUAAUUUCUGCGAUUGUUACACAGCGACACGAGCUUCGAUUUCGAGCGCAAUGAUUUCGCGCUGCGUUUAUAUUGACAUUAAUGGUUCAAAACGUGAGAAUCGGUGCUUCGUUCUUACAUCUAUUGUUCAUCAGAGUCAUUUAGGACAUUACUGCGCUCCCAUCGCCUGACUGAUGACAUUAGUAAGCUAUAAGAGGGAGAUUUCCAAGCAUAAAGACUGCCGGCCAAUCGGCCAAACUGCGUGUUCAUCGGGAACAGCGACGAGUGAAACAAGCAGAUGAAACCGUCGCGAUAGAUUAAAGAUAUUCAUCUCAAUCUAGGGAAAAAGAAAACAAUACGACACGCGUCGAUAUUCGUAACGUAAGUCGAUAGAAAAAAAAAAAAAAUAGCAAUCGACCGUGCACUGAAAGACAGUCGAGUGAAAAUCGAGAAAGCCGAUUGUGAAUGAUUGCGAGUCAACUACGAUUAUCCGAGCAUUGUCGAUUGUAUAAUACCGAUACUUGAGGUCGGCCACGCUAUUUGAGUGGCAUAAAUCACCAUUGAUUAAAUUUUUCCUUCUCCAUCUACGUUAUCACUAGGAUUACGCUUCAGGGAGGGAAAGGAAAUCGUUAAGCGGCGUCAGUUAAUCUGGGUUGUCAAUGGAAAUGAUUCUGAAUGAUGAAAGUUAGAGUAUUAGAAGUAGAUGCAAAUUUGUUUAUGAAAAACUCGAGCUUCGGUUUUUAGAAAAAGCCAAACGGAAAGUUUGUCGCGAGCGAGCGAGCGAGCAACGCACUGCCAAAAGAGUGCAAAGAAACUUUUUAUACGAUUAACAAUCAAUCGAUUAACGAAACGCGCCGUAAUGUAUCCAAUGCACGCACGUUAAUUCAUGGUAUUAUCGUAGCUUUAAUCGUUAUCAGCAGUUACCGCACUUCGUAGGGUUCUGUAACUCACUUAGAAAGGCGCGCGAGAGAGAGAGAGAGAGAGAGAGAGAGAGAGAGAGAGAGAGAGAGAGAGAGAGAGAGAGAGAGAGAGA